CGGGACUUUGUUGAUCGGCUGGACUCCCGGGACAGCGCAGCGCCCGCCCGGACUUGAGCCCCCUGCCUCCUGCCCGAGCUAUCAGCGCCCCUUCCCGCUCUCGCCCCUGCAACUUCCAGGCCCGCCCCUAGCCCCGCCCACGCCCUCCUGGACUGUAUCCUGAAAGGGGGCACUUCACACCCGAGGAAAGGACCCAGGUCUUUGCCCCCAGCCCAUCGCCAAUGGUGCCCUCGACAUCUGGACCUCGCUUUCCUGAGUCUCCCCCCAAAACGAUGCUGGUGGCUCUGCUGAUGGCUCUCCAUGCCCUCUGGCAGGCCCGGGCUGUUCCCAUCCUGCCCCUGGGCCUGGCUCCAGACACCUUUGAUGAUGCUUACGUGGGCUGCGCAGAGGAGAUGGAAGAAAAGGCAGCCCCUCUGCUGAAGGAGGAGAUGGCUGGCCACGCCCUGCUGCGGGAGUCCUGGGAGGCAGCACGGGAGGCCUGGGAGCACAGGCGUCGAGGGCUCACCCUGCCCCCUGGCUUCAAAGCCCAGCACGGAAUCGCCGUCAUGGUCUAUACCAACUCAUCUAACACUUUAUAUUGGGAGCUGAACCAGGCUGUACGAACAGGCGGUGGCUCCCGGGAAUUCUACAUGAAGUACUUCCCCUUCAAGGCCCUGCAUUUCUACUUGACCCGGGCCCUGCAGCUGCUGCAGGGCAGUGGGGGCUGCAGCAGGGGACCUGGGAAGGUGGUGUUCCGAGGCAUGGGCACCCUUCAUUUUGAACCCAAGAGGCUGGGGGACUCUGUCCGCUUGGGCCAGUUUGCUUCCAGCUCCCUGGAUGAGGCAGUGGCCCGCAGAUUUGGUAAUGCCACCUUCUUCUCUCUAAGGACUUGCUUUGGGGCCCCUAUCCAGGCCUUAUCUGUCUUUCCUGAGGAGCGCGAGGUGCUGAUCCCCCCACAUGAAGUCUUCUUGGUCACCAGGUUCUCCCAGGAAGGAGCCCAGAGCCUGGUGACUCUCUGGAGCUAUAAUCAGACCUGCAGCCACUUUAACUGUGCCUAUCUGGGUGGGGAGAAGAGGCGGGGCUGUGUAUCUGUACAAACAGGACAGCCAGACUCCACCUCCCAGGGGGACUUCUCUCUACUCUCCUGGAAGACCCUGUUCUUGGCACCUAGGGGCUUCCAGAUCUCAGGAGUUGGGCCCUGAAAGUUCAAUAUCUGCCACUUAGGAGUUCUGGGAACUGGUGACCUUCAUAUGAAGAAGGGAGCUUCGAACAGCCUCGAAGCAAGAAAGUGGUUUCGGACAUAGCCCUAGCAGCCACUUCCCCAGGGAUGGGGACCCACCCAGCCAUCUCUGUAUCCAGCCAUCUCCCCUCCCAACCAGGAUGUGGGGGGAUCUGAGGCCACGGCAGGGUGGAGGGAGCCCUGCUGUGUGGUGGUAGGGACUCCCUGGGACAAGCACGGGUAGUACUAUGACGAUCACUCAAUUAAACAGUAUUGCAGUGUGGUGACA